AGGCUCGGGGAGGGGCCGCAGCUCUGUCAGCCGUGGCAGAGCCGCCCCGGGAGCUCCGCUCGAGUAGAGCCAGAGUCCCCAGCUCCUCGCUCGCCCGCUUCGCUCGCUUUCUCGAUCACUCCCUCCCUUCCUCCCUCCUUUCUUCCCGGCGGCCGCGGCGGCGCUGGGAAAGCGGCGAAGAGGAGUGGCCCUGCCCUGGAAGAAUGCGGCUCCGCCGAGGGGGCAGAACCCGACGCGUUCUCCCCACGGUUUGAGCAGCCCGAGUCCCGGCGCCCGGACCCCGCCGGCCGUGGACCCCGCACCAGAGCCGCUGGAGGUCCCCUGCCCGUCGCGGCCGCACCUGGAGGCUCCCUUCCUUCCCCGCUGGUGGAGCCGGUGGGGACCCCGUUCCUCCGCCCUUCUUACGGAGCUGCCUGCCCUCGACGGCACCUGGAGGCGACCCUCUCCCCACCCCCACCCGCCGGCUGUAGGUGGCGGGGAACCCCCUCCCAAUCCCGCCUCCCAGCUCGGAGGGCGUGAGGCUGCGUUGGGCGGGAGAAGCGAGUCGUGGGGCCCUGUAAGAGGGAGCGGUGGGCGAGGUGGUGGAGCGGUGUCUGUGAGUCUGUGUGUCUGCAUGUGACUGUGCGUGUGUCCGUGCGCCUGGCAUGGUGUGUGGGUGGGUCCGCUCCUGGGCGCUCGAGUAAGUCCCAGCUGCGAAGCCUGGACUCUUCCUCCAGGGCCCAGAGCCUGGGACUCAGGGGGUGAUUCUCACUGUGUCGUUUGGGGAGAGACGAGAAGGGCCAGUGGGGUGACACUGGCCCUGAUCGGUCUGCCCACCGGGGCCUUCGGGCCGGGGCUUCGACAUGCGGGAGCAGCCCCGGCCGCGGCCUCCGCCCUGGGGCCUCGCGGGCCUUCUGGUCCUGGCGCUCUGCAGUCGGGCCCUGAGCAAUGAGAUCCUGGGCCUGAAGCUGCCCGGCGAGCCGCCGCUGACCGCCAACACCGUGUGCUUGACGCUGUCCGGCCUGAGCAAGCGGCAGCUGGGGCUGUGCCUGCGCAGCCCCGACGUGACCGCGUCCGCGCUGCAGGGUCUGCACAUCGCGGUCCACGAGUGUCAGCACCAGCUGCGCGACCAGCGCUGGAACUGCUCGGCGCUCGAGGGCGGCGGCCGCCUGCCGCACCACAGCGCCAUCCUCAAGCGCGGUUUCCGUGAGAGUGCCUUUUCCUUCUCCAUGCUGGCUGCUGGCGUCAUGCACGCGGUAGCCACAGCCUGCAGCCUGGGCAAGCUGGUGAGCUGUGGCUGUGGCUGGAAGGGGAGUGGUGAGCAGGAUCGGCUGAGGGCCAAACUGCUGCAGCUGCAGGCGCUGUCCCGGGGCAAAAGUUUUCCCCACUCCCUGCCUAGCCCGGGUCCUGGCCCAGGCCCCAGCCCCAGCCCCAGCCCCCAGGACACAUGGGAAUGGGGUGGCUGUAACCAUGACAUGGACUUUGGAGAGAAGUUCUCUCGGGAUUUCUUGGAUUCCAGGGAAGCUCCCCGGGACAUCCAGGCACGGAUGCGAAUCCACAACAACAGGGUGGGGCGACAGGUGGUAACGGAAAACCUAAAACGGAAAUGCAAGUGUCAUGGCACUUCAGGCAGCUGCCAGUUCAAGACCUGCUGGAGGGCAGCCCCGGAAUUCCGGGCAGUGGGGGCAGCAUUAAAGGAGCGACUGGGCAGGGCCAUCUUCAUUGAUACCCACAACCGCAACUCCGGAGCCUUCCAGCCCCGCCUGCGUCACCGCCGCCUCUCAGGAGAGCUGGUUUACUUUGAGAAGUCUCCUGAUUUCUGUGAGCGAGACCCCACUGUGGGCUCCCCAGGCACGCGUGGCCGGGCCUGCAACAAGACCAGCCGCCUGCUGGAUGGCUGCGGCAGCCUGUGUUGUGGCCGUGGGCACAACGUGCUUCGGCAGACAAGAGUUGAGCGCUGUCAUUGCCGUUUCCACUGGUGCUGCUAUGUGCUGUGUGAUGAGUGCAAGGUCACAGAGUGGGUCAACGUGUGUAAGUGAGGGUCAGCCUCACAGCAGGCUGGGGAAGGGGAGGGGCGCCUUUUCAGCCUUUUGCUCUAAUUUCUGUCCAAGGCCAAUCUUGGCCCCUGGAAGUUCAAAGUAUCUACCUGGAAACACCUUUGGGAGUGGGGUGUGGGUCAGGUGGAAUCUGUCAUGUGUGGCCUUCUCCUCCACAGUUGAGGGGCCUUGGAGUGGGGUGGGGGAGAUGUCACCCCUCUUUUACUCCUUAAACACCUGGAUGGGCUAAGAUGAAAUGCACUGUAUUGUCCCCCUCUCCCCAACCCUGGGCCUUUAACUCAGAUUCAUACUCCUUUCAACUGGGGAGUCCCUAUAGUUUGACCACUCUUCUCCUUUGAAGGCUAGCCCCAGGCAUUGUGUAGAGCCAUGAGACCUAUAUCCAGAAAGAAACCACUCACUCUCUUUGCUGUUCAUGAACUCCUCUACUGCGGCCUGAGCCCCCUCUUGUGGGGUAAUGGGAAACGGUGGUAGAGAGGUUUUUCUUAGGGAUGGAACAGAGUGCUGAGGGGGGAUGCUCUCCCCUAAGUUCUCAGAGUCAUCUGUCCAGGCCCUUAGGGAAGCUAUCUGCCCUCCACACCCCCCCCCCAUUCAGAUGUUAAAGGGGAGCCUCCAAAGGAAGAGUUUUACCUACAACUUUCUGAGCCUCUCUUUCUUUCUUUAGCAGGAGGGGUGGGAAUGGAUAAUUUAUUGUACUGAGAUUUGUUCUUGGUUCCUGUUUAUAACUAAAAUAAAUUAAGUUACUGGA